CCAAUGUUCUGCUGACAUGGUGCUACUCCUGCGUUUUUAGCAGUGAUUAAUGAGCUUGUGGGAGACAACUCUAGGUCCAUAUUAUAGGAAUCAUGCUCAGUCGUUGUCACAGGAACCACUGACUUUCACGAAGCCUGGUCAAACAUCCGUUUAAACCUACGGUGACCAAUAAGGAUGACAAAAAACACCUCACAUGUGGAUCCUAUUCUUCUGCUUCACUUUGGACCUUUUCCAUUGAGAGACUGACUUCUCAUUUCUUGCCUCCAUAUCGGGGCAUCUUAGAGCCAGGGUUUUCUCAUUCAUUUCUUAUACUUUUUAUUUCUUUUUAACAUUAUUGUUGGAUUUGUCAGCAAAAAUGAACAAUUAUUUAGAAUUUUUAGUGCAUGAUAAUGUCUGACCAUAAGAUUUAUUUCAACCUAGGAGGAUUAAGGGUUGGACAAAAAAGUGUUAUCUGAUCCACAGUAGGACCUCUGGGCGCUGUGUCUCUCAUGCUUGUGGACAUACAUGGCUCAGCUCCAGGUCACAGGUGAGAGGUUCAGCUGGACCACUCUGCUGGCCCUGUCUCAAUUUACUUACUUGCUGUUAGGGGCCACUGUUUUCCAACUGCUUGAGAAAGAGGCUGAGAACAAAAAUCGCAACGACUUUCAGAUGGAGAAACUCUACUUUCUGGCUAAUUACAGCUGCCUGGAUGGAGCAGCCUUGGAGAAGUUUGUAAAGGUGAUUUUAGAUGCAAGGGAAAGUGGAGUGAACCCUUCAGGAAACAGCAGUAAUCCAAGUAACUGGGAUUUUGGCAGUUCUUUCUUCUUUGCAGGCACAGUUGUCACCACUAUAGGCUAUGGAAAUCUCUCACCCACCACAUACCCAGGGCAGGUUUUCUGUGUGUUUUAUGCCUUGUGCGGGAUUCCACUUAACCUAGCCUUCCUCAACCAGCUCAGCAAGUGCCUCAUCGCUCAUCUGGGACGCCUGGAGCACAGGUUGAUGUCAAUGGUGCCUCACAAGCAGUGUGUAGAGGUGCUGGCGGUGGCCUUAUUCCUGCUCAUGGGCAGUCUGCUCUUCCUGAUCUUCCCACCGGUGAUCUUCAGCUUCGUGGAGGGCUGGUCAUAUGGACAGGGCUUCUACUACACCUUUAUAACGCUCAGCACUAUUGGCUUUGGAGACUACGUGGUCGGAAAUGGCCAGGACAAGCAAAACGUCUCUGUGUACCGUUGCCUAGCAGCAGUGUGGAUCAUCUUUGCCCUGGCAUGGCUUGCCCUUCUUCUCAACAUAGGCGCCAGGAUCAUGGAGCAUUUUCUCGGUCUCAAACAGCCUCCUGUGACUUCAAGAGAUGAGCAAAGGUCUUCAGUAAGGAAGCAAGAGGAGGGUCUGAGUGCACCAGAAAACCAACCCCAAGAAACGCAGAAGGAAAAAAGCUUCUUUAAAAUCAGAAUGGUUUGAUCCUUGUGGAUUAAGACUCUCUGUUAUUGUCUGACACGAGCUGUUAUUGAGUGUAACGUUCACAUUUCAACCAAUUUUUUUCAAUAUCACCGUACAUAUAACGUGUACUUAAUAUUCUAGAUGUCAUACAUCACCUGUUGAAAAUUAUGCCAUGUUAAUGACUUGUAAUUAAUAACUUCUAUUAAUUCAAUUCAAUUCAAAUUUAUUUAUAUAGCACAUUUUUACAAUUGACAUCUAUUAAUUAAAAAUGGCAUGGGAGAAAUCAACAGAACCCAAAUAUUUUGGCUCCAAUCUGCUAUAUAAAACCAAAGUCACCACCAUAUUAAUAAUAUUUUUUCCAUCUUUUGUUUUCCCCCUGGGAGUGGAUUAGUGGUUAACAUGUUUGCCCCACAUGUUUGGGGUUUAGCAUUUGUUUUCCUCUGUUUCAGGUUUUUCCCUCACCAGUUCAACGCCAUGAAGGCUGUCUGGCAUCUCUAAAUUGUCCCUAGUGUAUGAAUGGGUGAAUGAGGGUGUACUGUGAUAAACUAGCCCGCUGUCAAGGGUGUCCUCUCCUUUUUGUCUUUUGUCCUCCCUUUUGGAGGGAUACUCCCUGCAACCCAGUGGAAACAGUUCAUAAAAAGGAAAUAGAUUUUUUUGGAGUGUGAAUAUUUUUAAUGUUUGGGAGCGGUCUGGCAAACUAACAGUGGUAGACCAGUGGUUAAGACAUUGGACUGCUAACUGGAAGAUUGUGAGUUGAAACCACUGGUAGUUGCUUUGGAUAAGGAUGUCUACCAAAUGUAAAGUAAAUGUUUUGUGUUGUGGUCCGAAUCAAGCGUGGACUCUGCACUGCAUAUCGUGAUGGUGAGGAACAGUUGUUAGAGUCAGCAAAGGACAAAGAAUAUACUGUUAAAUAAAACCAGACUUUUUAGGACUGGAGCAUUGGCUUUAGCUCAUUGUUGAGGUGAGAGCAUCAAACAAAAUGCACAUUUCAAGCAGCAUCAAAUCAGCAAACAGAUAAACCUAGCAAACACAAGUUUUGCAAACCUAAGAGGGCAAAAUUGACAUAAUGCACAAUCAAUCCAGUGUGAAACCAUUUGAAAGCACAAUCAAUCUGUGAAACCAACACUGCAAUAAGCCCGUCCUCCAAGAAAGCCCAGAAUCAUGUCUAAGAUUGAACUCAAUGGUUUUGGCCAAGAUUCGAUACACCCUUAAGGUAAUUUGUGAGUCAAAGACACCCAAAUUAAAGUGUAGAUCACAGCCCAGAUCCUCUUUUGGCAAUAGUCAUAUGACUAAGCACUUGUGUAUCUUCACACUCUGUUUGUCAGUAGUGCAUUUUGCAUUUGCAUUCAUCCUUUGAGUAUUCUUGUUGUGCCUUGGUGUUUGCAUUCUCUUUUAUUUUUUUACAUAGCUCAGGUUACUUCCAGGAUAAGCAUGCAUUCAGUCAAUUAUCAAAAUGUGUUAGAACUUUUACUGAACUGCUAUGCAUAUUUGAAGAUCACAAGUGUGAGAAUUAUUGUUGUAUAUUCCCAAUUUCAGUAACUUGUCAUAAUGAACAUGUGUUCAACAUGUGUGUGUGUCUCCUUUUCAUCAGCAGUCAGUGCUCAGAGAGAAGAAGAGAGACAAUUUAACCACAACAAAUUAAUUUUAUUCAUAUAGUCUGGUUAAUA